UCUAUUGAAAGGUCAAGCACGCGGAGACUGUCUGGGAGGCAUGCGUUCUUUCUCACCCCUGUCUGGUCCCCAAUAUUGGUUCGCAAUCUUUUUGUUCUGUUGCCCCUUGCAGGAAAAGUAUGGAGGAGCGCAUGAAAAUGUUCGAUCAACGGCCGAUUCCUGGGAAGGACCCGCGUGCUAAGGGAGGCUCGGGCUACUCAGGACUCAUUCUUCCUCCUGCUUUUCUUCAUCCCAGCAUUAUUGAACGAUUAUUGAGGGGGCUUAGGAAGAAGGGAAAGUUUCAAAACAAGGCAAGCAAUAUAAGCUGUAGGUUUCGGGGGCUCUCCUACCCUUUUGGCCUGGACUUUCGGUGGCUUUCACCUCUGUCGAGACAGGACAGGACUGGAGUGGCGGUGGCGGCGGUGAUAAUGGUUUUACUUUGCCUUAUUUUCCAUGUAUUGUUGUAUCUGAAUUCAUUUGUUGCUCAAUAGUGGUGUUUCUGUGGGUUGUUCUAUUGGUGAUAUGAGUGGGAGCGGAGGGCGGCGUCGACUAUAUGUCUUGUCUCGCG